GCGCAGCGCGAGGCGCUAACCCCCGCCCGACCCGAUUAUAAAGUCCCGCGGCUGCCCCAGACGCCAAGAACAGCCUCAGAUUAGUCGCAGAAAAAAUAGUUAGCCUCGCGAUUGAAUUGAAGUUCCUGAUCGCGGACAAGAGUCGCUGCUUCGUGCUUAUCGACGGGCCCUCUGCCAUGGAAACCGUCGGCGUCGCUCCUACGCCCUUGGCGUCUCCGGAGAAGAAGAAGCUCCUUGACCUGAAGGACCCCCUCGCCGCCGCCGCCGCCGCGAAGGCGUCUCCGGCGCCGGCGGGUAAGUGGGCGGUGAAGAAGAAGCUGCUGGGCGGCGACGCGGGGUACGUGCUCGAGGACGUGCCACACCUCACGGACUACCUGCCCGAGCUCCCGACAUACCCAAAUCCCCUCCAAGGCAACCCGGCGUAUUCGGUCGUCAAGCAGUACUUCGUCAACACAGACGACACCGUCACGCAAAAGAUUGUUGUUCAUAAGACCAGUGCGAGGGGCACCCACUUCCGGCGUGCCGGGCCACGGCAGCGGGUGUACUUCCAGUCUGAUGAGGUGAACGCAGCCAUUGUCACCUGCGGGGGGCUCUGCCCCGGGCUCAACACGGUCAUCCGCGAGCUUGUUUGUGGGUUGUAUGAUAUGUACGGCGUCACCAGCGUUGUUGGCAUAGAGGGUGGGUACAAGGGAUUUUAUUCUAAAAAUACUGUUCCGUUGACACCGAAAUCGGUGAAUGACAUCCAUAAGAGAGGCGGGACUGUCCUCGGAACUUCAAGAGGAGGGCAUGACACUGCCAAAAUUGUUGAUUGUCUUCAGGACCGUCGUAUUAACCAGGUUUACAUUAUUGGAGGCGAUGGUACUCAGAAAGGCUCUUCUGUAAUUUAUGAGGAAGUCCGCAGACGGGGCCUGAAAUGUUCUGUUGUCGGGAUCCCAAAGACCAUCGACAAUGACAUUGCGGUGAUUGACAAGUCGUUUGGGUUUGACACUGCCGUGGAGGAGGCCCAGAGGGCCAUCAAUGCUGCUCACGUAGAGGCUGAGAGUGCAGAGAAUGGCAUUGGUGUUGUGAAGCUAAUGGGUCGCAACAGUGGGUUUAUUGCAAUGUAUGCUACUCUAGCCAGUCGUGAUGUGGACUGUUGCUUAAUCCCAGAAUCACCAUUCUUUCUAGAAGGAAAGGGAGGACUUCUGGAGUUUAUCGAGAGGCGCCUCAAGGACAACGGUCACAUGGUCAUUGUGGUGGCUGAGGGUGCUGGACAGGAUCUCAUCGCGAAAAGUAUGAAUUUCGUGGACACUAAAGAUGCUUCUGGAAAUAAGCUGCUUCUAGAUGUUGGCCUUUGGCUAUCCCAGAAGAUAAAGGAUCACUUCAAGAAGAAGCCCAACUUCCCCGUAACUCUCAAGUACAUCGACCCGACGUACAUGAUCCGUGCUGUCAAGUCAAAUGCAUCUGAUAACGUCUACUGCACCCUGCUAGCACACAGCGCCCUCCAUGGCGCCAUGGCAGGGUACACUGGCUUCACCGUUGCGCCGGUCAACGGCAGACAUGCUUACAUCCCAUUCUAUAGAAUCACCGAGAAGCAGAACAAGGUGGUGAUCACCGACCGGAUGUGGGCGAGGGUGCUGUGCUCGACGAACCAGCCCUGCUUCCUGAGCCACGAGGACGUCGAGAACAUGAAGCACGACGACGACGACCAUCACCUGCACAACACGCAGCUCCUGAAAGGUGAGAGCUCGCCAGUGAAGAACUCGUCCAAAUGCAAUGGGUCGGCCGCAGCAGUGUGAGAGGCACAAGAAUACGCAAGAACAGUCUUACGCAUGUAACUAGAUGAUUUUCACCUUGUCUUUUGAUUUUGUUUUUGGUGCUGGCGUUGUAGAGAAAUUACUACGAUAGAAUCGAAUUUACUGUGAGCAUUCAUAAUAAUAUGCUUCAUUGUAGUAAGCUCAAUUGUGUUCGUGGUAGUGAGGAAUACGGAUCACAAGUAUAAUUCUAGCUUUCUACAUGAAUCAUGCUGAGUUUGAUCGA